UUUGUUAUUAAAUAGGUGAGUAUGCCUAGAUAGUGAAAGAAAGAAGCAGUUUGAAUUUCAUAGUGUUGAUAACUUUAUUGUUUUUAAUUCAUUCUUGUGUUAAAUAGUAAUUAAAUUAAUGUUACCAAAAGUAAUAAUAAUAAUAAUUGGCUGUUGUCAACCAAAUCUUAACUAGUGGCCAUUGAACUAACAUGUCAUUUAAAUUCAGUUUAGAAAAUCAUCUAAAGAAGGGAUGAGCAGUGAACAUAAAUAUGGAUAUUUAUUAUUAACAUAAGACAAAUACUGACUAAAACUACAAGUUGAGAAAAAUUACUGUGGAUAAAUGUGCGAAACCAUUUUUGAUGACGCGUACAGUUACAGGCUAUAUAUUGAGUGAAGCUCAAAAUUCUCAAAAACUCUCAUAAGCUCAACAACUUCAGCACUGGACAAACACACAAAACCUUUGAUCUCUAUAAAAAGAUACAUUCUUUAUUUGAAUAAAGGAGACAAAUCUACAGAGAGCGAUGGCAGCGAUAGUUACCGGGCUCAUCCCAAUCCUCCGCACUGCGGUGGACUCCACUGCCACCUAUAAAGGUCGCACCAUGUGGUUCGGUUUGCUCUGCAUCCGCCUCGUGACCGUCUUUCUGGCUCAGUUUCCAUGGAAAACCCUAAAUGAUGAUUUCCACUGUAACACCACUAGCUCCUACUGCAUUAAAGCUUGUUUUAAUAGACACUUUGACAAUUCUGUAGUGAUGGCGUGGCAUUUCCUUUUUAUCCUUCUUGUGCUCUCGGUCCUUCUCAUGGAGCUGUUUUCCUCCCAUCUUCGAUCUUCAUUCCAGAAGAAGAAGGAGAGAGAAAUGGAAUCUCAAAGCAAGCAGGAAGCUGUCUCUGAUCCCACCAUGACUGUCGGUGGUAGGAUGAUGAUAGACUUCCACAAAAGCAAAAGUAGUGUUAUGGUGUACCUGUUCAGCAUCGUUCUGCGAAUUGCAGUGGAGGUUUUAUUUGUGUACGUCUUGCUCUCCUGGGUACUACCUAAACUGAAUGAACAGUUUUUCAUUUGCAAUGGACAAGCUUUUGAUUGUCCAACUGAACUGAAAUGUGUGGUCCGAGGGGCAGCAGAAAAGAGAAUGUCUGUCUAUGCAUUACUGUUUAUAUCUGCCCUGGUUAUUAUAACAAGUGGUCUGUUCUGUCUCUACUCAAUAGGCCACUAUCUCUGUAAUGGUUAACAAAAGGAUUACAUUGAACACAAGCAUAUUAAGUAGCUUUAAUGCAUCUGUAUAUAAUUUUUUUU